CAUCUCUGGAUAAUGAAUACUUAGGUUACAAGACUCUGUAUCUCAAAUGAGAGAUUAGCUUCACAAAAUGAAAAAUGAUAGUCUAUUGAUACCAUACUCCAAUAAAUUGUAUAUCGAAUCUCAUUUAUUAAUAAUAGAAAGAAGACUUGAUGAAAGUUUAGAUAGUCUCAGUACCAAUAAUAAGGAUUUACCAUCCUUCUAUGAGUAUUUGUAGAUUAGAUCUGCUUCAUUGAUGAACAGUUUAUAGCCUAUAAGGACAUUGAUAAAAUAGAUUAUUCCAUUUGAUAAACAAAGGAUUUAGAGAGAAUACUAAGGAACAAUUAUUGAAAUAACUCUCUUCCAUGACACAUAUAAUGUAUUCUAAGGGUAAAAUUUCAUGUUUUUUUCAAGUAAUAAAAUUAUAUAGCAAAAUCCUAAAAUUAACCAGUCAGAUUUUAACAUAUAAUUCCCUAGAUUGUGGAUAAGGAUGAAGAGAUUCCAUGUAGAAUUUAAUUAUUUGGCAUAAAUAUUCGAAGGAUCACAUUUAAUUAAUUUUAAUUAAAGGUAGCAUGAUUAAGAUUUAGAGAACAUAUGCUGUGUGACAUUAUUUUUAAAUAACAUUUUAAUUUAAAAAAAAAUUGCAAUGGGAUCUUGCUCCUCAUAAAAAAUUCAAUUACCCUAUUCUCCAUCAAAAUAAAGCUAAAUCGUUGAAGUUCAAGCUUUUCCGAGAAUGCCAUGGAUUAAUAAAUAUCUGCAGUAACCUUAAGAACGAGUAAUUCUGCCCUACAAUCCUAACAGUACAUAUUUGUUACUAUAAGAAGGUCAUGAAUACCAAUAUAAUGUCGAAGUAGAAGGUGUCAUAUUUGACGAAAUAGCUCCACCUGACUUUCUUGAUGAUGAUAUUUUAGAACCAAUAGAAGAUGAUGAUUGA